GCCCGCCUCCGCCCGCCACCGACCCUCUCCUCCUCCUCCUCCGCCCGCUGCAGAGGGGGCGUCGUCGCGCCGCCCUCCCUCCUCCCUCCCGCGCGCUCCGCCCGCCGCUUCCCGGGCGCACUUGGGCAGCUGCUGCUCUUGCCGCCGCCGCCGCCGAGUGCGCGCCAGCCAGCAGCCCGGGCUGCCGAGAGCGAGGCGGGCGGGCGGGCGGGCGGGCGCCCUCGGAGGCGCUGCGCUCCGGGCCAAGAGGAGCCCAGCAGCCCCGGCGGAGGAGGAGGAGGAGGAAGAGGAGAGCCGCCUGCCUGCCGCUGCCGCCGCCGCCGCCGCCGCGCUCUCGCCCGCCCGCCCGGCAUGGGCGCGGCGGCGCUGUCGGCAGGGAGCUGAGCAGCGCCUGGAGGACGCGCCCCGAGGAGCCCACGAUUGUCAGGAGCUGUUGCUGCCUGAAGCGAUGGCGUACACGAUAACCUCCUCCCCCUCCAUGCCGGUGGGGCCCCAGUACUGCGUCUGCAAAGUUGAAUUGUCCGUCUGUGGCCAAAAUCUUCUGGAUAGAGAUGUGACCUCUAAGUCUGACCCCUUCUGUGUCUUAUUUGUGGAAGUCAAUGACAAGUGGACAGAGAUCGACAGGACAGAAACGGCUGUGAACAACCUCAACCCCGCCUUCUCCAAGAAGUUCAUCGUGGAGUAUCGAUUUGAGGAAGUCCAGAAGUUGAAAUUUGCCUUGUUUGACCAAGACAAGUCAAGCAUGCAACUGUACGAACAUGACUUUCUGGGGGAGUUUUCCUGCACCUUGGGAACGAUUGUCUCAAGCAAGAAGAUAACGAGAGCACUCCUUUUGGGAAACGGGAAGCCAGCUGGAAAGGGGAUGAUCACGAUAGCAGCCCAAGAACUAUCGGACAACCGUGUGAUCACUCUCAGCAUGGCUGGCAGAAAGCUGGAUAAAAAGGACUUGUUUGGAAAGUCAGACCCUUUUUUGGAGUUUUAUAAACCAGGAGAUGAUGGGAAAUGGAUGCUGGUCCACCGGACGGAGGUGAUUAAAUACACUCUGGAUCCAAUGUGGAAGCCAUUCACUGUGCCUUUAGUAUCUCUGUGCGAUGGGGAUAUCGAAAAGCAGAUCAAGAUUGUUUGUUACGAUUAUGAUAAUGACGGGGGCCAUGACUUCAUCGGGGAGUUCCAGACCUCCGUCGCUAAGAUGUGUGAAGCUCAGGAUGCCUUAGUGGUAGAAUUUGAAUGCAUUAACCCCAAAAAGCAGAAGAAGAAAAGGAGCUACAAAAACUCUGGCAUUAUCAUAGUGAAAUCCUGCGAAAUCACCAGAGAUUACUCUUUCCUGGACUACAUCCUUGGUGGCUGUCAGUUAAUGUUUACGGUUGGAAUUGACUUCACAGCAUCAAAUGGGAAUCCCCGAGACCCCACCUCUUUGCAUUUCAUCAGUCCCAUGGGAACCAACGAAUACCUUUCAGCCAUCUGGGCAGUGGGACAGAUCAUCCAGGACUAUGACACAGAUAAAAUGUUUCCGGCCUUGGGGUUUGGUGCCCAGCUGCCACCAGACUGGAAGGUUUCUCAUGAGUUUGCCAUUAACUUCAACCCCACAAACCCUUUCUGCCUCGGUGUCGAAGGCAUCGUCCAAGCAUACUCCGCCUGCCUGCCUCACAUCCGUUUCUACGGACCAACAAACUUCUCCCCCAUCAUUAAUCACGUGGCCCGCUUUGCUGCCCAAGCGACCCAGCAGGAGUUUGCAACUCAAUACUUCAUCCUGUUGAUCAUCACCGACGGUGUUAUCAGCGACAUGGACGAGACGAGGCACGCAGUGGUGCAGGCCUCCAAGCUGCCCAUGUCAAUCAUCAUUGUAGGUGUGGGGAAUGCAGACUUUGCAGCCAUGGAGUUCCUGGAUGGAGACAACCGUGUGCUCCGGUCCUACACAGGAGAAGAGGCUGUGCGCGAUAUCGUCCAGUUCGUACCAUUCCGUGAAUUCCGCAGUGCACCGAAGGAGACAUUGGCCAAAGCCGUGCUAGCCGAGCUGCCCCAACAAGUAGUCCAGUACUUCAAACAUCAAAACCUGCCCCCCAUCAAUUCGGAGCCUGCCUAGGGCCCCCAGUCUCACUUGUUGCCUGCAUGUCCCCCAAACUCGUUGAUGGCAGACAGCUGCAUGUCUCAUGUGGUUUCAUACAAUUUGUACUUUUUAUUGGAUGGACUUCACUUAACAAAGAACCCAGACCCCUCCCCUAAAUCAUUCACAACAUGAGAAGCUUCUGAAUCAGUGCAUUGGAUUCCUGGGCCCACACAGACUUUUCCCCAUUGUUCCCCCGAAAGCCAACUUUUAAGUAUUUGAAUGUACUUUGUAUGAUCUUUGUGGAACAAGAGAACAAUUUUUACAACAUGCUUUUUCCAAGCCGUGAAGUUCACACUCUCAUCGCCCAAAGAAGUGUGGAGAGUUUAUGGAUGUGCUGUACUUGUUAUCUCCCAUACUGUGUUCAUUUUUUAUACUGUGUACAUGUUAUAUUUGUUAUACUCAGGUUAAUAAACAAACUUGGACUCUUAA